AUAUUACGUCUCGAGGUCAAAGGUUUCAACAAUGGACGCAUCCCAAACGUAAACAAACCGAUCUGUUAAGAGGGCAGAUAUGAGACUGUUAUCGAAGGCUGUGCAGUUGGCUGUGAGCCAGAGGGAGUGGAGCCGCAGACACUUCUGGGGCUGGCUCAAUGCAAUUUUCAACAAGGUGGACUAUGAGAGGAUCAAAGCUGUGGGUCCAGAUCAGGCUGCAGCAGAGUGGCUGCUGAGAUGCGGUGCCAAAGUGAAGUUCCAAGGUUUCGAUCGCUGGCAUCACGACUACAAUGGACUGCCAACUGGGCCUCUGGGCAGAUACAAGAUCCAGGGGAUUGACGCUACCGAAUCGUGCAUCAUGCACAGAGGGUUUGACCACCUGGAUGGUCUGACAUGUGUGGAGGAAAUCAAGUUCAACAAGUGUAUCUACAUCGAAGACACCUGCCUGGAGAGGCUGAGCUCAAUAGAGAAUCUACAGAACAGUUUGUACCUGAUGGAGGUUGUGUCAUGUGGAAAUGUAACUGAUAAGGGCAUCAUCGCCCUGCACAAGCUCAGGAAUCUGGAGUACCUGUUUCUCAGUGAUCUGCCGGGAAUCGAAGACAAACAGACGACAGCUGACAGACUACAGACAGCACUCCCACGUCUAGACUUAGCACUGGACUUGGACUGAUUGAGAAACAGCUUCCUGUUAUAAAUGCAAAGUAGGAACACCCGUUUAAAGGUUUUCAAAGUAAAAUCUUGAAGACUAGAGUAUGUGGGGCUUCCUUCAGCUGAAACAUUAAAUGUAUUUACCUGUAAA